AUGACCUCCACCACAGCUAGUAGCGAACUUUCGCCCACAAGGAUACAGAGACAUUCUGUACUUCUACCAAGACUAUCUAAUGGGGCGACAUGUGAAGUAUCACCAGAGUCUGCUAUACCAACCACCUUCUUUGGUACCGGAAGUGAUCAAGAGACUGUGGAUACUUCAAGGAGAGGAUCGAGGGUGAGUAGUAUAUUUGGGAAAGUUUCUGAGAUCAUUCAUAGUACCCUUAGUGGACGUUCUAGGACUGCAUCUAUUUCUACAACUGCCACUGAUGAUCAACCCCCUGUACUUGAAGAACCAACAUCAACUCCAAUGCACCACCCCGAAGAAUCACCAUUAAAUGUUAGACCACCAUUAUCAACAAUCCAUAGUGUCAAAGAAACUCGCAAAGUAUUUUUAGAAUAUGAUCCGGCAAGUAAACGGAAAGUAUUGAACACGUAUGAAAUCUUGCGUGAAAUAGGAAGAGGUGAACACGGUAAAGUCAAGCUUGCUAGAGACUUAGAAUCGCAACAACUAGUUGCAAUUAAGAUUGUAAAUAGAAGAUCUAAGCGAGAACGUCCAACUUUAAGACAAAGGAGAGAUUCUAAAGCAGCUCAAGAUGUUCCUAAUGAGUAUGAACAGAAGAUUAAACGAGAAAUUGCCAUCAUGAAGAAAUGUAACCAUAGACACAUUGUUAAAUUGAAGGAAGUUCUUGAUGAUCUUAAUUCUUAUAAAAUUUACUUGGUACUAGAGUAUUUAGAAAAGGGAGAAAUCAAAUGGAAACGGAAGGCAUCUGAUGGUGUCAUGCCAAAGCAUCCUAUUAAUGACGACAUACCAUGUUGCGGCGAAACAAAGAGGAAAACAAGUUUACUGUUUAAUGAUACUGAAGAAGCAGAUAAUCUUUUAUCUGAUGAAUAUACCCCUAAUCUUACUUUCAAGCAAUCUCGGAAGAUUUUACGUGAUGUUAUUCUUGGAUUAGAGUAUUUGCAUUUACAAGGAAUUGUGCAUAGAGAUAUCAAACCUGCAAAUCUUUUAGUAAGUUCUGAUAAUGUGGUGAAAAUUAGUGAUUUUGGUGUUUCAUUUGCAUCAUCUUUGAAUCGAAAUGAUGAAGGAUUUCUUGUAAAUGAAGUAGAAUUGGCAAAGACUGCUGGUACACCUGCAUUUUUCGCUCCUGAAUUGUGUCAAACCAACUUUUAUUCACCUUCUUCAAGUUCAACUUCUGUCAGCAACGCCUUAGAAAUGACCAAACGAGAUGAUUCUCAAAACUCUACUAAUUCUGAUAAAUUGCCUAAAGUAGACCAUAAGAUUGAUAUUUGGGCAUUAGGGAUUACUUUGUAUUGUUUAUUGUUUGGUAAGGUUCCAUUCAAUGCCGAUUCUGAAUUUAAAUUGUUUCAAGUCAUUGUGAAUGACACUAUGAAAUUCCCAGAAAGUUGUGACAGUUUUAACUCGCCAGCUCGUGUAUCACAGGAGGAGUUCGAAUUGGCUAUGGAUUUGUUGAAAAAGAUGCUUGACAAAAACCGGAAAACUAGAAUAGAUAUUCCUGAAAUCAAGAAGCAUCCAUUUGUUUUGAUGGAUUUGGAGAAUGAUGUGGAACUGCUCGAAGAAUUUAUAUACUCCAACCAGGCGACUCAAGAUCAUUUAGAGCAAUAUCUAUUCUGCAAUGAAGUUCUGGCGGAAGAGAUGGAUAACGCUGUUGUUGGUGUUGGAAGCAGAAUCAGGAAAUCAUUGGCUCAAGCUAUACGGUCAGGCAAAAGAGAUAGUACAGAGAUCAAAAGAAGGUUCUUUCAAAAUAUGGAGCCAUCAUCUAGUACAUCACUGGAAGAAUCAUCAAUUGAAACGGGGAAUUCUAAUGGAUUCAUGAAGCUAAAUUCAAAUGACGCACGAUCGGUUAUUCUCUCCGAGGCUCUACAAGUGACUACACCUCCACUUUCUGGAAGCGGGUUUCAUUUACUGUCUCCUUCUGGUGACAAUGUUGGAUCUUUCUUGAAGUCUGCUCCGCAUGUUGCAUCCAAUCUUUCCGUUCAAAAGGGAAUUCCAUCUAGAUCACCUUCUUAUUCUGCUGGCGGCGGAAGUGGAUCUCGUGAAAUGAGGGCUCCAAACUUGUUACUCCAAGAAGUUAUGGAUUCUCAAUCGCCGAUUAUUAGUAGAAGAGGCAGUUCGGCUGGAACUACUGAAGCAGCACAAAUUGAAACAAAAAGAAACGUUGGGGGAGAUUUGUAUUUGAAGAACCAAUCUGCCAUUGAUACAUUUAAGGAUAUACAACAACAAGAUGAUAAAAGGCGCAGAUCUAGUGCAUUUGCUUCACCUACAUCAUCUAACUACAAUACUGCUGAAAAUUCAAUGGUAUUACCAGAAUCAUCUAAACUAGCACCUUCAUACAAACCACAGCAUCUAAAAGUAUCUUCGAUUCAAAUCGAAGAUAAACGUCGCUCCUCAGUGAUUUCCCUUCCUUUAAGUGAGAGCUUUGCCUCUUUGGAUAGUUUUAGCGAUGAUUAUCUCACUCAAAGGUAUGUCCCAGAGAAUCCAAAGAAGAAUCAUUCAUCCAAUCAAAGACGGAGGUCGAGUUCUGCAUCCCAAAUAAAUGAAGUAUACUUUAAAGACGAAGGACAUGAAUCCCCUAUGGUGAACAUCAACGAGAGAAUGAAAAACUUUGAUUUGGGCUCGCUGAUGAAACCUCGCGGUAUUACCUUUGAUCUUAAGGGUAAAGAUGAAGAUGUAGAGCCAACAGAAAAACCGUUGUGUAACAAGCCUGGGUUUGGAAGAAGGAUAGAGAUACCACAAAGAAAGGAUUCAUAUUCUUCAUAUUCUUCUUCUUGCUCUUCAUCACAAAGUGACGGAGAGAGCUCAGAAGAAGAAGGAAACCUCACCUUGGCUUUUGCAUCAAAAGUUGCACCAACCUCACGACCUCAUUUCCUUUCACAAAGUAAUCGAGCAAAAUCACACGAUUCUCACCUACCAAGAUUAGCACACCAAAAUGUUUAUGAUGUUCCGAUAAUAUUUCAUGAACAGAAUGCAGAAUUUGAAGAUGUUCCAGCAGGUUUGAUGGCCAAUGUUCCUCGACCUAGUAUAUCUAUGGUACCUUCUAAUAUGACGCCAUCGAUUUCUAUUCUUUCUAGCAACACAUCGUCAGCAACAAUCACACCACAUUUACAAUCACCAGUUGGUCCUCCAAUGGCAGCUGAUAGAAAUUAUGAGAAAAAGACAAAGCCACAGAUAUUUUCAAAUUUUGAAGUGGCAGCCGAAGAAGCCCUAGUACAACCAUUGACACCCAAUUCGAAAUUCGAUAAGAUGCAAAAGGAAUUUUAUACUUCGGAUAGAAUUUCAUCUCCUCUUGCAAAUAAUGCACCAUCCGCAGACAAUGCAACUAUCAAUUCUCAUAUGGUUGCCGCAUUUGUACAUGGUGAUAACAAAAAUCAUACAUUCCUUAAUAGUCAAUUCAAUAACCACUAUAAAAAGGAUCCAAUCCAAUAUCCAUUCCCCAAUGCAUUGCAUUAUGAAAACGAUAAGGAAAGUGCUUCUAAAUCAACCACCAAAGUUGAAGUCAGACCUCCACAUUACCGUUCAAGUUCAGUAACUGUUGGUUUACUUCAGCUUCAUAAACCAAAAGAAGAUCGCCAUUAG